AUGGACUCCCAUGCCUCAAGAGGCGGGCACCUGGUUGCCACGGAUGGCCGAGAGGUGGUUUACUGUCACGCCUGCUCCCAUGAGUGGUGGCAAGAUGAGCAUGGUCUGCAGUGCCCUCGCUGCGAAAGCGAGAUUACGGAGAUUGUUUCUCCCGAGAAUGACCCUAGAGAGAUCGAGGAUGGUCCCCCGCUGCACGAUUCCCCGAGACUCAGACGUCACAUCUACGAUGACGAUUCGGAUCCUGAAGAGGCCGAUAUAGAGGAGCAUCUGCAUCGCGGCCCAGGCGGGUUCGUCGUACACCGAGCGAUAUGGGACAAUUCUCAGCGCCCGGGACAGAGCCCAAACCCAAACGCGCGCCAACCCCCCGAUGUGAACGACGGCGACCAGAUUAUUCGACGCUUUAUUGAUAUGGUGAAUGAUUUCGGCAUGGGCAUGCCUCCGCGACCUCCCGAUGAGACCCGCCCUCCUGGCUUUGGCGUUGGUGGGAACAUUUUUGGCGGUCAGGGCAAUGUUCGCACAUUCCAGAGAACAGGUCCCGGAGGCACCACGAGCUUCACGAUCGCCACCGGACCCAUCCACGUUCACCAAGGAGGAGCCAACUCGCCUGCUGGACCUGGAGGCGACCCCUUCCAGUCGUACGUCAGCCUUGAACCUCGUGGCCAGCCACCACCUGGACCUCGAAUCACAGUCGUUUCCAUUAGAGCGAAUGCUGACCAACUUCCUAGUAUCUUCAGCAGCGUCCUAGCUGGAGCAGGACCUCCUCAACCGACCGGAAUGGGUCCAGGCCAGGGACAGCGCGGGCCUAAUCAAGCGCCUACACUUCUCCAUGAGAUUCUCAACAUGCUCAACCCAGCCAACGCCUCACACGGCGAUGCUGUGUAUACCCAGGAGGCCCUGGACCGGAUCAUUUCUCAGUUGAUGGAGCAGAAUCCUGCAUCGAAUGCGGCACCCCCGGCGACUGAGGAUGCGCUCAGCAAGCUCAAGCGGAAAAAGGUCGACAAGGAGAUGCUUGGCCCCGAGGGCAAGACCGAGUGCACCAUCUGCAUUGACGAUUUCAACGAGGGUGACGAUGCUACAGUGCUGCCCUGUAAGCAUUGGUUCCACGACCAGUGCGUCGUCAUGUGGUUGAAGGAGCACAAUACUUGCCCGAUAUGCCGUACGCCGAUUGAGGAACCUAGCGGCGGCAGUAGCAACAAUGAUAACAACAACAGUAACGAUGCCAAUGCGAGCGGUUCAAACAACGGCGGCAACGACAACAACCCUUCGCAAGCCCGCUCUGGAGCCGCGUCUGGCUCGUCAGACACCCAUCAAGACUCGUUCUGGCCCGGCAAUGAUCCGGGACACUGGGCAAACUCGAUGAGAGGAAUUCCCCCUCGAUCUAGUUAUAUGGACGCGACCCCUCCGGUACCUGCCGACUCCACGAGACCCCAGCCGACAUUUGUUGACGAACUCUACGGACGCUAUGGGGCCUCCAGCACCGGCCGCAGCGAUCCGCAACGUCCCCAGGAAACAAGUCGAAUGCCCAGCUUCCGAUCGGCUAGACGGGACUCCCAUUCGCCUCCGAGCCUCCGCCGACACCAGUCCGAUGUGUUUCGAGCUAGGCAGCGGAGCCCCUCGUCUGGAAAUUGGGACAGAGGUCAGGACAGCAACCAGGACAACAACCAGGACGCCGGAUCCAACCACGGCCCGCUUAAUUGGCUGAGAAACCAGUUUUCUCGAGGAUCAGGUUCGGGAGACAGCAACCCGCGUGAGAGACGGAGACAGUGA